UGUUUUCUGUGUUGGCAGGUGGAGGGCGGAUGCCCAAGGCAGGGGGGCCGCAGGGAGCGCCCAUAGCACUGGCCCCGGCGGCCAGCCCUCCAGCCGCGCUCUGCAGCAUCACCACAGCAACCUGUGACCAGACGUCAACAGCCUAGGCAGGCGCCAGCGGACUACUUCCCACCCUCGGGGAGACAGGGAAUGACUGCGGUGAAUCAGGCCCCACGGUGGCCCGGGGAGGUGGAGUGUCACUAGAAGGAGGGCGUGGCCGCCUCCGCAGCACGCGAGCGCCAUGCCAGCUGGAGAAGAGGCACUGGGGCAGGGGCUGCACUGUGGCACGGCCUCGCCCCCCAACCCGCGCUGAGCACCUCAAGGGCAGCUGGGCUCUGUCUGUCGGGCACACCUGCCCGCAUCUCAGUGUCCCCGCUGCGUGGCGACAGGGAGAGGCUCCCCGUCCGUGCUCCGCCUCUGGGCCUGCCGCUGCCGGACCAUGGGAUGUCGGCAAAGCUCAGAGGAGAAAGAGGCGGCGCGGCGGUCCCGGAGAAUCGACCGCCACCUGCGCUCAGAGAGCCAGCGGCAGCGCCGUGAGAUCAAGCUGCUCCUGCUGGGCACCAGCAACUCGGGCAAGAGCACCAUUGUGAAGCAGAUGAAGAUCAUCCACAGCGGCGGCUUCAACCUGGAGGCCUGCAAGGAGUACAAGCCCCUCAUCAUCUACAACGCCAUCGACUCGCUGACCCGCAUCAUCCGUGCCCUGGCCGCCCUCAAGAUCGACUUCCACAACCCCGACCGCGCCUACGACGCCGUCCAGCUCUUCGCACUGACGGGCCCCGCCGAGAGCAAGGGCGAGAUCACGCCCGAGCUGCUGGGCGUCAUGCGGCGGCUAUGGGCCGACCCUGGGGCACAGGCCUGCUUUGGGCGCUCCAGCGAGUACCACCUGGAGGACAAUGCUGCCUACUACCUGAAUGACCUGGAGCGCAUCGCCGCGCCCGACUACAUCCCCACAGUCGAGGACAUCCUGCGCUCCCGAGACAUGACCACCGGCAUCGUGGAGAACAAGUUCACCUUCAAGGAGCUCACCUUCAAGAUGGUGGAUGUGGGCGGGCAGAGGUCAGAGCGCAAAAAGUGGAUCCACUGCUUCGAGGGCGUCACGGCCAUCAUCUUCUGUGUGGAGCUUAGCGGCUAUGACCUGAAGCUCUAUGAAGACAACCAGACGAGCCGGAUGGCAGAGAGCUUGCGCCUCUUUGACUCCAUCUGCAACAACAACUGGUUCAUCAACACCUCCCUCAUCCUCUUCCUGAACAAGAAGGACCUGCUGGCGGAGAAGAUCCGGCGCAUCCCGCUCACCGUGUGCUUCCCGGAGUACAAGGGCCAGAACACCUACGAGGAGGCCGCCGUCUACAUCCAGCGGCAGUUCGAGGACCUGAACCGCAACAAGGAGACCAAGGAGAUCUACUCCCACUUCACCUGCGCCACUGACACGAGUAACAUCCAGUUUGUCUUUGACGCGGUGACAGACGUCAUCAUACAGAACAAUCUCAAGUACAUAGGCCUCUGCUGAGGAGCCAGGCCAGCCUGUCUGCCUGUGGCGAAACCCCUGGGGUAUCACACCCCCACUCGUGCUAGGGAGACCUAGCCCAGGGGCAGAAAACGGGGGCCUGAAGAAUGCCCCCCCCGCCCCUCCGCCUCCUUGGCCCCCACGUUUCCACAAACAUAAACAUAUAUGGAUAGAUUGCUAGGUAGGUAGAGACACACACACACACACACACACACACACACGUAGUCUGGAGACGGCAGAGUUCCCCAAAGCAUCGAGGUCUCUUGAAGACUUGAGAAGCUGUCACCAAGUUCACAAGCCCUUCCUGCCCCUUCACUUUGCCUUCCCAAGUUCGGCUCUGGUCUGCAUCUGGGUCCACGUGGGACUAUGGGGAGAGGCAGCUGGGGCACCUGGAGGAGGCCAGCUCUGCCCCAGCUCCAGACUGGGGGCCUUGCUGCUGAUCAGGAGGGGGAACCAGAGCAGGGUCCAUGCGCCUGCCCUGCUGGCCACGCCCACCACUGGUCUGCUCUCUACCACGUUCUUUCUGGAACCAGGGUAUGAGGCCAGACGACAGCACUAACCAGACCUCCAGCCACUCACAGCUCUUUUUAAACAGCUUCAAAAUAUGCAGCAAAAAUCCACACAAUAACAUGAGUGGCACGAUUUGUUUCAAACUAGGCCAGCUGGGUUCCAGCUUUUCUUCUACUAGUCUGAUGUUUUAUAAAUCAAAACCUG